ACUUCACCUAGCCAACAGUCUUCUUUCCCACCGCACGCCUUUCCCCUCUUCCGCCUCGGCCGUUCACGCACUCCGGGGCUUGCAGACGCGCACAAUGUUGCUGCCGCGACUACCAUGAACAAGAAUGUAGGCACCAUCGGCGCAUCUCUGUGGCGCUCCUUUGUCGACCCACCGCUGAGACACGGCGGUGCACUCCCGAGAGUCAAAUCAGGAGCGCCAUCCCAGUCAACACGGAGGGUCGAGGUCCAAAGACGGUGUAUUGCUUCAAUAUCGCAGAGAUGCCGCUGGUCGACAACUACCUGGCCUUCGAAUGCGCCUUCGUCACACCUCAGAACCUUCUCCACUUCCCUGCUUCGAGCCCCGCCACCCCAUGCAAGUCAUAUCCAGCAGAGCGUAACUGUCGCUGUUCUUUCGGCAUGGAGCAGACAUGCGUCGAACAGUCCAUAUCGGCGUUCAAGGCGAAACGGAAGUGGCGGUCAGCGCAAUAAGAGCUCAGUGACAGACAGCUCGUCCAAGAACAAACGGACUGCUGCACCACAGGCACCGCAAGCUACACUUUCCCCGCAACCUCAACUACACCCCAAGCCCUCGAGCCCGACGCCGACGCCGAAACCGAAACCGAAGCCCGAAGAUUCGCCAGCUUCUAGCAAGCAUCUCCUCGACCGCCUUCCUCACUCUCUCCCGCACCUAUACCGUCCUAGUAAAGCAGAACUCCUCGGUGCAGCUUCGGGCUUCUGGUCACGCAUAAAGAUCCACUUCAAAUGGCUCACCAUUCGGAGCGCGCGACCAUUCAAUGCCGACGAGAUAUACGCCAUGUUCUCCUGGAUACUGGCUGCACAUGUCUUAUGGAUCGUGCUAGGAACUACGACCUUUUGCAUGUUGACCAUAUUCUUGAUCAAUACCGCCUUCUCGCAAGAGACUCUCGGUAAAUGGAUCGGUAACUACUUGACAAAGUCCUCCGGCAUCAAGGUCGUCUUCGAGACUGCCGUGGUGCCAAAAUGGGGAGACGGCGUCAUUUCGUUCCGCAAAGUCUUCGUGUCAAGGAGGCCAGGCCAGGGUCGUGGCAAGGUCAGCAAGGGCUCGCAGACUGAAAUGGCCGUAGCGGCGGCCGCCAAAGCGCAGCAGGAAAAAGAUAUCACGGAUGGGGUCCCUGUGACUGCAGAAGCAGUAGAAGACACAAACUACACGCAAUUUGACAUAUCUAUUGACACGGUGAACGUCACACUGUCAUUUUCGAAGUGGUUCAACGGCAAGGGCCUGCUGAAAGAUGUUGAGAUCAAGGGGAUUCGUGGCGUUGUGGAUCGAACGUCAGUAGAAACCAUCGAAGGCGUAGAUCCAAGAUCCUACAAGCAUGAGCACAACCCUGGUGACUUCGAACUAGACUCCUUCAAGAUGGAGGAUCUGCUUGUUACCAUCUACCAGCCCAAUGGCUUCAGGCCAUUCUCCGCCAGUAUAUUCUCCUGCGACCUCCCUCAGUUGCGGAAGCAGUGGCUCUUCUACGAUUUCUUGUCAGCAAACAUGGUGUCCGGCUCGUUCGAUAACUCACUCUUUACUAUCCACCCUCGGCAAACGCACAACUACACUGGAGUGCAGCUUAGUAGUGGCCGUGACUCUGAGGAUGGCAGUUCAUGGAAGAAACACAGUCGGAUAAGAAUCGAUGGUCUCAACAUCGAUCAUCUAAACCGCGGCUAUGACGGACCAUUCUCAUGGAUACAUGAAGGCAACGUUGAUAUUGUGGCAGAUAUCAUGCUCCCUAAUGAUGACGAUGAAAGCCUUGCGAAGGUCAUGUCCGAUAUGUACGAUCGCGUUGAAGCCACCGUUUCGCAGAACGGUCGUAAACCUCACAUCUCCGAUCACGCAACCCAUGGCUUCGAUGACCACGAUGACGACGAAAAGCACAAACAUGAAGGCGAUAGCGCAGAAGACGAGCGUUUUAUGAUCAUGGAUAUGCGUGUCCACCUCAACGAUGUCCGGGCCGCAGUACCCAUUUUCACGCGCGAUAUUUCGUACGUCAACAACGCCCUCGUAAGACCAAUCGUGGCCUACAUCAACUCGAAGCGCACAUUUAUCCCCGUGAAUUGUAGGGUGGUGAAGCGCGUUAGCGAGUUUGAUGGAAGCUGGACGUUGUAUGAUAGCGGGUUGAUGGAGGAGGUCUCUCGUGAGAUGUACGAUGCCUUUGCCCGCGACGUUCUUGACGACCGAACUGUGCGGAAACGCCGCAUAAAGAAGGUCGGUAUCUGGACGCUGCAGCUCGCUGCCCAGGCUUUGUUCCUGGGACUCGCGGGUAACAUUGCUUAACAUGUUGAUACCCUACGAUCAUCGCAGUCUCACCUUUAUGUACACUACAGUUAUAUAGCAUGGCGUUUGGAGCACAUAGACGCGCUUUGGGUUCCUUUUUUUUGGGGGGUGGGGAGGGACGGGCGAAUUGGGACUAGAUCUAUAUAGUUAACGCCUACGACGAAAUGACAAGUUACUAUUCUCACUUCAA